CUGCAAAAAACAACGGACACGUUAAUUUCAUCUGAACCUGGCUAGCUGCAUGCUACAAGCCCCGGCCCUUCUCUCUUCUCCUAGCCUUCUUUCUUGCUUUAUUAAUUGUAACUUCGUAUUGUGUGUGUGUGUGUGCAGCCAUGGAAGGCAUAGUAAGGCCACGCUCAUGUAACCCUAGUUCAUCAGCUUCUUCCAAGCUAGGCAUGCACAGAGAGUCACAUGUAAUAUCACAGUUGAUCAAGCCCAAAGUUCGCAUAAUUCACGUAUUUGCACCAAAAGUUAUAAAGACUGAUGUUGCAAAUUUUAGAGAGCUUGUUCAAAGACUCACUGGUCAACCUUGUGGAAGUGAAGGCAUGAUCAAGAAGAAAGCAAGAAGCAGUGCUCCAGGCAAGAGAAAGAAGACCGGUUCCUCAAUAUGUGAGUCAAGCAAGAAAGCGAUGCAGCAGCUGCCAGAGCUAGGAUUGCCUAGUUUGAUGAGAGGAGAGAAACUCAGGGUGGAGGUGGAAGCAAAUGAGAUGUUGGGGGGUCAGAAUUGUUCGAGUAACUUUAAUUCCCUUGAUGGGUAUGGAGAUUUGAAAGGUUUUGUACCUGAUGUGAGUAACAACUUUUCUUUGACAACACCUAAUUCACAAUCUUCUCAUGAAAUGGAUGGUUAUGAAGACACGCACCUUUCUUGGCAAAAGGUAUGGAUGGCGCCUGAUUGAUUUCGUCAUAUAUAGUAUGGGGCUUGCAUGGACUUCCUCGAUCUUCUUACAUGGUUUCUCCAGGUUUCUGUUUCAUGGGGUUUGCUUAGCGAAACAGCACUAUGGAGGAUUGACUUCAAGAACUGGGUUCAUUGGGGGUUUCUUUUCUUCUUCUUCUUUUGGCUUAUAUGCCUUUGCAUUAUUGACUUUAUGAUCUGAUCUCGACCAUGUACGCAUUGAAACGUAUAUAUAUUUUGCUGAUCUUUUAUAUUGCA